AUGACCACCGAAGCAGCACCUCCCCAGUACACUCCGGGUUCGGCACCUCCGUCAUACGAAAAGGUCAUCGGCAAGCUUGAUGCCGCCGUCAAGGCUAACCCGACGCCCAGUGCUAUUGCGGAUGCAAUCAGCAAUCUUAGCGACGCUGAGAAGGAGUCUCUUGCGUCUCAUGACGCUGACAAGUUGGACUUCAAGUUCGACGAAGCGACCCCGGGAGGACCGUCCUCCAUCUCCACUCUGGAUGGCUCCGAGGCCUCCAAGAAGCUGGUCACAGAUCUUCAGCAGCUCCGCCAGGCCUACCUUAACCUCCUAGAGAGGAGCCGUCAAACUGCCAUCAAAAUUGCUCACCAGGCUCGCUAUUUUGACAGCGUCAUUGUGAAAGUCGCUUUGGAUGAAAUGUAUACGUCCGAAACCAGAGUAAACAUCAUCAAAGACUUCAUCAAUGAGGUCGAGCAGCUCGAGACCGAUUCCGAAGGGAUUCAACAUGAUUUCAAUGCGUUCACGGAAGAAAUGGCGAAAUAUACUGGCCGCUUCGAGGGCUGGGCGAAGGAGAAAGAGAACGAAGUUACUGCCGAGAUUGCGCAGCUUCGCGAGGAGAUCGGCGAUUUGGAGCAGAAGAUCGCUAAAAUCAAGUCGGCGCUCAUCGGCCUCGACAUCGCGGCCGGUGCUGCCAGUGUCGCAAUUCCCAUUCUAGGACUCGUUGCUUACGCAACAGGACCUUUUGCCCCUUUUAUCAUCGCUUUCGGCGCGUUUGCUGCCGUUGGCACACUCGCCUCCGUCAUCGGCUUGGGCGUGAGCUUGAAAGUCUACCAGAGCAAGCUUGAGGAUAAGCAGGAGAGGAUGUAA